AUGACAGCAUAGAAUUAAAGGGAUGGUUUAUCCAACAGCAAAUAUCAGCUCAGGCUCCAUUUUUUCAUGAGAAUGUAGGAAUUGGACUUACUUGUAGAAUAUUAUAUAGCUUGCGAAUAGGAUUAUUUUGAGAAAUACUAUUAUAAUUUGAAAUGCAAUAUAGUUGCUGUAGUAUUAUAUCGAGGGUAUGAUGAAAGUGCAGGCAGUCCACAUCAAAUUUGGAUUCAGAGAUUCUAUAGCAAUUAGUUUGACAUAUUUUUACAAGUUUAAAAGAAAUUGAUAAAAAUAAUUUAUUUAUCCAUGACAAUAAUUUUUUUGGGGCGGUUGCAAUUUAAGAUUCAUAAAAAGAGAAGAUAAAAGCAGUCAUCUUAGAAAACACAUUCACUUAAAUUAAUGAUGUGA